ACACUCUUAUUUAAACUGCCAAGUUGUAAAUAACACUCGAAAUUCGCUUUAUAUUUUCGCUUAAUAUUUAAAAUAAAACAAAAAUAUGGUCAAAUAUAAGAAUCACUAUGAAGCUAUUCCUGUUUUAAAACAUUGGCUAAAAACUCAACCACAUUUACCAAUCAUUGAGGACAGCCCAUUAAGAUCAUUUAUAGUAUUUUGUGAUGGUGAUGUUGAAGAAGCAAAAAUUUUAAUUGAUAAACAUUACACAUUUAGAACAAAUAAUCCACAAAUAUUUGGAAAUCGUGAUGUUAAUUCAAAAGCAUUUGAAAAAUUAAAUGAAAUUUUGGAUCUUAUUUUACUACCAGAUUUAACACCUGACAAUCAUCUUGUCACAAUUUUUAGAAUCCGAAGUCCUGAUGUCACUUAUUACAACUAUACUGAACAAGUUCGAUUUAUUAUAGCUGUUCUUGAUGCACAUUUAAGAGUUUUUCCAAUGGAUAAGACACCAGAUGGAGUUUAUCUUAUAUUGGAUUUAAAAGAAUUUACUUUACAACAUUUAACACGUGUUGAUUUUUCUGCUGCUAGAGUACUAACAAAAUAUAUGGAAGAUGUAAUAUCUAUUAAAAUACCACGAUCAAAUAUAAUCAAUUGCCCAACAUUUAUUAGUAGAAUAGUAACAAUGGCAAGAACAUUUAUAACAGAAAAAACAUAUAAGAAGUUUGUGAUUCAUGAAACAAAUAAUGAUGAAUUAUUUGAUUAUAUACCAAGGGAUAUUUUGCCAAUCGAAAUUAAUGGUACAAAAGGUUCAAUAGAUGAUAUCAAAAGAGAAAAUUUAAAAGUAUUUAAAGAGAAUGCAGAUUAUAUUUUUAAUUCAAAAUAUUGGUUUGUUGAUGAAAGUAAGAGGCCAGCAAAUAGUAGAAAAUCACAAUUUGAAAAUAUGCAAGGAAAUUUUAGAUCUUUAAGUGUAGAUUAAAAUUGUAAUUUAUCUUUUUUAUAUAUUUUGUAAAGUGCACAUACUUUAGAUCACUAGGAUAAAAUUGUGUACUUGUAUAUUAUAAUUUAGGUGAAGAUAAACUAAUGGAAAAUUGGAAAAAUUAAAAAAAAAUUAACUAAAAAA